AUGGAGUUCGACUACGAGCGCUGGGCCGCGUGGGGCGACUGGCGUCGACUCCGUCGCACAGCAGAGGAAGAGGACACCUUGCGGCAAGACACAAAACCGUCUUGGGGCGAGCGGGAAGCGCAGCGCAAGAGGCGGCUAUACGACCGCGUGGGAAGCUGUCGGGACGACUGCGACUAUCCCUCCGAAUGCCACCACCUCAGGUCGGAGAUGCGGCAGCGAUUCACGGUGGUUGACGGUGGUGAGGUCUCGCCGCUUAGCCCGCUGGCUUUGUCGCCGGACUCACCGUCCAUGGAGGAGGCCGCGAGGUCGAUCUUGAGAAUGGGCGUCGACGAGGCGGAUUGCGUUUUCGCGGCAGCGGAUUAUCUGGAGAGCAGAGAGGAGUGGGAGGACUGGUGGGAUGACGACAGUGGGUACGGAGCGGCUUCCGAGGACGAAGAUGUUGACAUGGUGUAUGAGGAUAUUCGCGGAUAG